AUGGUUGUCCGUGGUGAAGCGUACCACGAGGUGCAUCUUGGCGGCAAGCGUUCCCUGGGAGAGGAAUUACCGUUGCUAAUAGAAACAGUGUUUGGAAGGACUGUUUCCGGGAAGAUAUCCAUCGAUCAUCCCACCGUUCCUCGCGUCUGCCAUCUAACCACUGUCGAUCGAAGCUUAGAUCAAGCGUUGCAGAAGUUCUGGGAGCUGGAAGCUGUCGAACCGUGUUCUGUGAAUUCCGUAGAAGAAAAAAAGUGUGAGGAAUUUUACGCUACUACCACCACUCGCGAUUCGUCCGGUCCUAAUCUCGUUCGUUUGCCACUCACCCGUGAUCCGCUAGUCAACCUCGGCGAAUCCAGAGCCAUCGCCGAACAUCUUUUCCUGAGCUUUCAAAAGCGACUAGAGCGUGAUCCACCCACCGAGAACGCAUACUGCAAGUUCAUGGACGAAUCCGCACGAAUGGCGCUCAUCGAUCCAGAAGACGAUGUGAACUCGCACUGCUUCCUCCCGCACCAUCCUAUGUUCAAGGAAUCCAGCACAACCACGAAAGUCCGAGUUGUCUUCUACGCGUUGUGUAAAACGGCCUCAGGAUUUUUCGUCAACGAUAAGCAGCUCGUUGGAUCUUUCGUCCAAGAGAACCUGCUAUCGAUCGUCAUGAGGUUUCGUACACACCCGAUCGCCAUCGUAGCCGACAUAGAGAAGAUGUACCGGCAGAUUCAGCUGCAUCCCGAGAACCGACCGCUUCAUCGCAUUCUCUGGCGCCCCAACCGCAACGAUCUGCUCAUAGCCUACGAGCUCCAAACCAUUACGGACGGUUUUACAUCUGCGCCAUUCCUGGCUACCAACACCCUCCUACAAGUUGCACAGGACGAAGUCGACAAGUACCCCGCCUCCGUAGAUGCUGUGAAGCAGGAUUACGUUGAUGACUUUUUAUCGGGAGCUGACGAUAUCCAAUCCACAAUCCGCCUUUGA